UCCUCUCUUCGUGGACUUUUUGGCGCUCAGGUGUUACUCUUGUUGUGAAGAGAGGUGCCUGAAGAAGCAGAGCCGCAGGAGCGGUAUUUUAAUUUAACAGUUCCGUCCAAUUGAACAACAUAGUAAAACUACCCACUAGAAAAGUUUAAUUUUUCGUUGUUGGCUUUUCGAUAAAGGAAGGAAAGUGUGUGACCCUUUAUCGUUGUGAUGAAGUGUAUCUUCGAAGGCGCGCGUGUGAAAGUGUUUGGGAGGGCUGUCCACGCACUGUCCCGCAUCAGCGAUGAGUUCUGGCUGGACCCGCUGAGCAAAGGGCUGGCGCUGAGGUCUGUGAACUCUUCCCAUUCUGCCUACGCCUGCUUCCUCUUCCCACCGCUCUUCUUCCAGUCAUACCACCCAAUCUCAGGGUUGUCCCAGGAUGCCACCGACGGGAAGUGCAAACUGGCCGUUAAGUCUUUGCUGCCCCUCUUUCGCUGUGUACCCACUGCUGAUCGCAGCGAGGAAAUGUGUCAAAUAUCUACCAGCCCCCAAGAUAACAGAGUGGUUUUCAAGCUUGCCUGCAAGCAUGGUAUCAUUAAAACUUACAAGCUGGCUUUUCGGGAGUGUGAAGUCCUCCAGGCUGUGUUUCCUGCUCACCAAUGUCCCAACGUCCUGAAAGCUCAGGCCAGUCUCCUAGGCGACAUGGUGAUGCACUUCCCAGUGUCUCAAGAGGAAGUCACUCUCUCUGUGUCUCCCAAAAGGGUCAUGUUAAGGAACUACUGUGAAGACAAAAUGGAUCAGAUGAAGGCCAUGAGCACAGAGCUGUCUCUGCAGCCGGAGGAAUUUGACUGCUUCCAGGUCGCCGUCUCCUCAGACAUAACUUUCUGCCUGAAGGAGCUGAGGGGCGUGCUGUCCUUCGCAGAAUCCCACGGGCUACCUGUGUCCAUGCACUUUGGGUGUCCUGGGAAACCGGUGUGCUUCAGCGUGGAGGACGUGUCCUUGGAGGUCACCGUUGUGCUCUCCACCUUGACGGACCCCUCGCAGACCACUGAGCCUGAGGUUCCCCCUGCCCCCAGCUGCGAUGUCUCCAUGACCCUCCACCAUGGUUCUGCGGUGGAGAACCUCACCGAACACGUCACACAUGCACUGCUAAAUGGGGAGCAGGUCCCCUCCAGCCAGGGCAGCUCCAUCUUCAGCGGACUAGACUACCUGGGCCGAGUGGCAUCCCUGCGUGUCGCUUCCAUCGACCCUGGGGACAGCAACGCGGAGGGAUGCUGGACCUUGGACCCCGGCUCACAAACCACCCCCAAGGUCUGCUCUGUACUCUUCGGUUCCGUGUCAGGCCAGCAGGUUGGUGGACGCACCCCUCCUCACGCCAGCCUGGUAUGUGCCAGCGACACGGAUGAGGACACAGAGGAGGAACGGGCUCUGCCUAUACCCAGACACUGAUCCCUCAUGGUCCAGCUGUCUGUAGCCAAACU